AUGGCGGAUGUCGGGGAAGACGAGCUGAAACAGCUCGAGUAUUUGUCUUUAGUAUCUAAAGUUUGUACUGAGCUGGAUAACCAUUUAGGAAUCAGCGAUAAGGACCUUGCUGAAUUUGUCAUCAGUCUUGCAGAGAAAAACCCAUCAUUUGAUAGUUUCAAGUCAGUGCUACUUAAAAAUGGAGCAGAGUUUACGGACUCGCUUAUUGGCAACUUACUACGUCUUAUUCAAACCAUGCGACCACCAGCUAAAGGAGUCACUAAUAAAGAAGGGACUGAGCCGACAGUUAAGCCAAAUACUGAAAAAGACCGGUUAAAGGAGAUGUUUCCUGCCUUGUGCAGACCAGAUAAUCCCACUACUAGAACAAUGCUGGAUGAAGAUGAUGUAAAGAUUGCCGCUGAUGCGAUGAAAGAGCUGGAGAUGUUUAUGCCCAGUGCCAAAGCAGAAGACACAAAGAGCAGCAAACACAGAUCUGAAGCAAGUAGCAGCAGCAAGAAGAGUCGGAGAAGUAGGAGUCGAGACAGGGACAGAGAAAGAGAGAGGGACCGAGAUCGGGAGAGGGACAGAGAUCGGGAGAGGGACAGAGAUAGAGACAGAAGGAGGCGACAUCGCUCCCGUUCUCGGUCUCGCUCCAGAUCCCGUUCCCCUGACAGAGAAAGGAGGAAGCGCAAGAGCCGCUGGCAUUCCCGCAGCAGAUCCAAGAGCCCUGAACGAGAAGACAAAGACAAGGGCUCAGACCGCUGGCGGGACAAACACGUGGACCGGCCGCCUCCAGAGGAGCCCUCAGUGGGUGACAUAUACAAUGGCAAGGUCACCAGCAUCAUGCAGUUUGGCUGUUUUGUGCAGCUGGAUGGACUGAGGAAACGUUGGGAGGGGCUGGUUCAUAUUUCCGAGCUCAGAAGAGAGGGCAGAGUGGCAAAUGUGGCAGACGUGGUCAACAAAGGUCAGAAGGUGAAGGUCAAGGUCUUGUCCUUCACAGGCUCUAAGACCAGCCUUAGCAUGAAGGAUGUUGACCAGGACACAGGUGAGGACUUGAACCCAAACAGAAGGAGGAACGUUGGUGGAGAGGCUCAGGAGGAAUCAUCUAUGAGGAACCCAGACAGACCUACCAACCUAAACCUAGGACACGCUCCUGAGGUGGAGGAUGACACGCUAGAGCGUAAGAGACUCACCAAGAUCUCUGAUCCUGAGAAGUGGGAGAUCAAGCAGAUGAUUGCUGCUAAUGUCCUUUCCAAAGAGGAGUUUCCAGACUUUGACGAGGAGACAGGAAUCCUACCUAAGGUUGAUGAUGAAGAAGAUGAAGACAUGGAGAUCGAACUCGUUGAAGAGGAGCCACCUUUCCUGAGAGGCCACACCAAACAGAGCAUGGAUAUGAGCCCUGUGAAAAUAGUAAAGAACCCUGAUGGCUCUCUGUCUCAGGCAGCCAUGAUGCAGAGCGCUCUGGCUAAAGAGCGGCGGGAAGUGAAGCAGGCUCAGCGUGAGGCUGAGAUGGACUCUAUCCCCAUGGGCCUUAACAAGCACUGGGUGGAUCCUUUACCUGACGUUGACGGCCGGCAGAUUGCUGCCAACAUGCGAGGCAUUGGUAUGAUGCCCAACGACAUUCCAGAGUGGAAAAAACAUGCUUUCGGAGGCAACAAGGCCUCCUAUGGCAAGAAGACACAGAUGUCUAUCAUUGAGCAGAGAGAGAGCCUGCCAAUCUACAAGCUCAAAGAGCAGCUCAUUCAGGCUGUUCAUGAUAACCAGAUCCUGAUUGUGAUCGGAGAGACCGGCUCAGGGAAGACCACUCAGAUUACUCAGUACUUAGCUGAGGCUGGAUACACUGUACGUGGAAAGAUUGGUUGCACGCAGCCCAGAAGAGUGGCUGCCAUGUCUGUGGCUAAAAGAGUGUCUGAAGAGUACGGAUGUUGUUUGGGACAGGAGGUUGGCUACACUAUCCGUUUUGAAGAUUGUACUAGUCCAGACACGGUCAUCAAGUACAUGACAGACGGUAUGCUGCUCAGAGAGUGUCUGAUUGAUCCUGAUCUAGGCCAGUAUGCUAUCAUUAUGCUGGACGAGGCUCACGAGAGGACCAUUCACACUGACGUGCUCUUUGGUCUACUGAAAAAGACUGUACAGAAGCGUCCGGACAUGAAGCUGAUUGUGACAUCUGCUACACUGGAUGCUGUAAAGUUCUCCCAGUAUUUCUACGAGGCCCCUAUUUUCACCAUUCCCGGUCGCACUUACCCAGUGGAGGUUCUGUACACUAAAGAGCCUGAGACAGACUACCUGGAUGCCAGUCUGAUUACAGUCAUGCAGAUCCAUCUGACUGAACCACCAGGUGAUAUUCUGGUGUUUCUGACGGGUCAGGAGGAGAUCGACACAGCUUGUGAGAUUCUGUAUGAGCGAAUGAAGUCACUCGGCCCUGACGUACCAGAGCUGAUCAUUCUACCUGUGUACUCAGCUCUGCCCAGUGAGAUGCAGACUAGAAUCUUUGACCCAGCUCCUCCUGGAAGCAGAAAGGUGGUUAUUGCUACAAACAUUGCUGAGACUUCUCUGACCAUUGAUGGCAUUUACUACGUAGUGGAUCCAGGUUUUGUCAAACAGAAGGUGUACAAUUCCAAAACCGGAAUUGAUCAGCUAGUGGUGACCCCAAUUUCCCAGGCCCAGGCUAAGCAGCGGGCAGGCAGAGCUGGAAGAACAGGGCCUGGCAAGUGCUACAGAUUGUACACAGAGCGUGCAUACAGAGACGAGAUGCUCACCACCAACGUACCUGAGAUUCAGAGAACCAACUUGGCCAGCACGGUGCUCUCACUGAAGGCUAUGGGCAUUAAUGACCUCUUAUCCUUCGACUUCAUGGAUGCUCCUCCUAUGGAGACACUGAUCACAGCAAUGGAACAGCUGUACACACUGGGAGCUCUGGACGAUGAGGGACUGCUUACACGUCUUGGACGCAGGAUGGCCGAGUUUCCUCUGGAACCCAUGCUGUGUAAGAUGCUCAUCAUGUCUGUCCACCUGGGCUGCAGUGAAGAGAUGCUCACCAUAGUGUCAAUGCUUUCUGUGCAGAACGUAUUCUACAGGCCAAAGGACAAACAGGCUCUAGCUGACCAAAAGAAAGCAAAGUUCCACCAGCCGGAGGGCGACCACCUCACACUCCUGGCUGUAUACAACUCUUGGAAGAACAACAAGUUCUCCAAUCCCUGGUGUUACGAGAACUUCAUCCAGGCGCGCUCGUUACGGCGUGGCCAGGACAUCCGCAAGCAAAUGCUGGGCAUCAUGGACCGGCACAAGCUGGAUGUGGUGUCAUGUGGAAAGGCUACAGUGCGGGUACAGAAAGCAAUCUGCAGUGGUUUCUUCCGUAAUGCUGCUAAGAAAGAUCCUCAGGAGGGCUACAGGACCCUUAUAGACCAGCAGGUGGUCUACAUUCACCCCUCCAGUGCCCUUUUCAAUCGCCAGCCAGAGUGGGUGGUGUACCAUGAACUGGUGUUGACCACUAAAGAGUACAUGCGAGAAGUGACCACCAUUGACGCUCGCUGGCUGGUGGAGUUUGCUCCAGCCUUCUUUAAGGUAUCUGACCCAACUCGCCUCAGCAAGCAGAAGAAACAGCAGCGCCUGGAGCCUCUCUACAAUCGUUACGAAGAGCCCAAUGCCUGGAGAAUCUCCAGAGCCUUCCGCAGACGCUAAAACAUGCACACAGACUCAUGCCGUCCUGCCAUGCUGUGUCUGGACAUGAGGCAGGUUGGACGUCAUGGACAGAUAACAGGCUGGGGUUUUACUUGUAGUGUAACUGUUUACUCGUGUCCUUUAAAAGUUAUGUCAAUUCAAGAGCAGGUUAGAGUUCAAACCCACCCUCAUGAAUGGGGAAACACCCCAAACAAAAUACUAACUUAUUAAAUAGUAUAACACACUAUAUGGCCAAAAAUAUUUGGACACCUGACUAUGCGCUAGCUAACAUAGUAUUAAAAUAAAGUGACCUCUGUGUAAUUUUUUUUUUUAAGCUAGAAUGACUGUCACUCUUCUGAGACGGCCUUUCACAAGGCUUUGAAGUAUGUCUGUGGGAAUUUGAGUCUAACCAGUCAAAAGAGCAUUUGUAUAGCUGGGCACAGCUGUUCAUUAAACUGUGAGUUUUAUUAAACCAAGCUUUUCCUCAUGUCUUUGUGACCCUGUGCACAAAGCAAGAUCCAUAAUCAUUCUGGAACAGGCAAGGGCCCUCUUUAAACUUUUGCUGCAAAGUUGGAAGCAUAUAAUUUUCAUUAUGAAAUUGAUUUAUUACACUUGUUAGUAAUUGUUGUGACUGAUAAUCUAAAAAUUAGGACUGUCCCAAUACUUUUGUCCAUAUAGUGUAGAUUAGUCUACCAGCAGUCGUGUCUAUUGUUUUGACAUCUCGUUUAGUAUGCUGAAAUGUGAUCUUUUAUUUAUAUAUUUGCUACGAGUUAUCAAUGCAUGUUCAGUUCAACAAAACAUUUUGUCAAAGAAUUACAUCACACAUUAUAAAACAGAAAGUAAUAGAGGAUAAAAAACAAUGAGCACAUCUGGAGUUUUCUGCUGCCUUCAGUGUUGUACUGUAUCACAAAAUGCAGAGGAGGUGUUUUUUUUUUUUUUAGCAAUUCACCGAACAAACUGGAUGAAUAAAUGACACAGUUACUGUAUACAAAGCAGGUAUACCCCCGGUACGGGGAGGGCUAUUCAGAGCUGUUCCUAUAUACCUUCAGUCAGUUUGAAGACAAGGCUAAUUUUUCCUCGUACAUUUACAACAUUUUGUUGUGCAUAUCAUUUUUUUUAAGAUCUUUUUGUUCAGGAUUGUUUGGUUUUGUAAAAUGUUGUACAUAGAUUUUAUUUGGCCCUGCAGCUCUUAUGUAAUGACAAAUUUAAAAAAAAAAUGGACCAAGCAGAUCAUCAGUGAAUAAAAUGGUAAAACGCAAGUCAUUUCUGUUUCAGGAUCAGUGAGCCAGAUCUGCUUUUUAUAAUUGUUGUGUUUCAUGGCAGGAAAUGUGUGACAUUUUUUAGUGUUAACUCAAAUUUAUAUUUUAUUGUAUCAUAUGUGCUUCAUUGAAUAAACCUCAUUUUAAAAACCUG